AUGGAAAAAAACUCUUACAUAGAUGUUACUUCUAUGGUAGAUUGUUUACUUGUUUCUGAAAUAAUAAGAAAAAUUGGAAGAUUUAAGUUGGAUAUCAUCUUAUUUCUAACUAUUCAAGAUAUGUACAAUCAUUUGAAAGAUCAAGCUAUAUUAAAUUAUGUAUAACUAGAUAAAUAAAAUGACUUUAAAUGA